CUGUGCUCGUUGUUCUCUCCAUUCUUUCAAAUAAUUUCGUUUGAACAUCUGAGCUGUGCUCCUUUUGACUUAAUAUUUUAAUAUCUUGUACACACUCUCCACCUACGUCACCACCACAAUACAAAAUGCAGUUUUCCACGCUCAUCGUCUCUGUCCUUGCGGCCGUUACCUCCGCCGCCCCGGCCAAACACCAGGCCCGUCAGGUCGACCUCUCCUUGCUUAACAACUUGGCCUUCGCCCAGCAGGACCUCGCCUACCUGAGUAGCAUCAACUCUGUCGACCUCCAGCUCCUCGCCCAGCUGAACUCGGUCAACAACUUCGACAUCCUCAGCUUCCAGAGCCUGUUCGAAAAAAAUGUCUUCGACGUCCAGGCACUACUCCAGCUCCAGCAGAUUCAGAUGCUCGUCCAGCUCCAGAGCCUCGGCGUCCUUGGUGGAUUCGACCUGAGCACUCUCCAGCUCAACUCGCUCAACUUUGGUCUCAUCCAGGCUGUUGGUGGCAUCGACUUGACGCAGUUUAUUGAUGCUGGCUUGAUUCCUCAAAUCCAGACUAUUGUGCAACAAUCAACUGUUAUCCAAAUCGCCAAGGAAUAGACGAUCUCAGAGCGGCUUAAAGGAACGAUCUUGCCUGGAUGGCAACUAAUCCUUCUCAAGAAGUCUCAUGUCUUUUUCACGAUUUACAAGAGGCUAUGUGUGUGUG